AACAACAAUCACAUCUCUCAAUAUAUUCAAGUUCAAUUCAAACCACCUUAAAACCAAAUCCAUUCAUAAACAAUCAUAUCCCAGAUUUCACAUCUUCUUGUUCUUCAUCCCCACAAAAUGUUAUCCCCAAACCUUUUCUUUGCAACCAUCUUCCUGCUAUCACUAUUCUGUCCUAAAACAGCCUCAAGAACCUUAACCAAUCCGCCCUGUGCUCCAUCUUCCUGCGGCGAUCUUCAUAACAUAAGCUUCCCGUUUCGACUCAACACUGAUCCCGAAAACUGCGGCGAUUCGAGAUUCGUGCUGGAAUGUCGGAACAAUCAGGCCACCUUAACGUUGACCGAGAAGAAGUACAAUGUUCUCGCAAUCGAUUAUUCCGACUACACAAUCAGAGUAGUGGAUCCCGGCUUACAAGAUCAAAUUAAUCACCAGAACUGUACUGUUUUCCCCAAAUACUUCGAGACCAGCGAUUAUUUCGAUUCCGGUUUGAUGUACACCCCCGCCGGAGAUAACAUUCCGGUGGUCUACGUCACCUGUUCAUCGUCCCCGCAAAAAUACACGCCGACGAAUUUCUGUGCAAAACCUAGAAACAAUAAUAGCUAUGUCGCGAUCGGAGACAGCAUGUCGAUACAGGAUGUGGCGGAGGGUUGCAGCGUUGAAAUGGUGGGUUGGGGCUCCGUUCAGGGGCUCUCGCCGGCCGACAAUACUUCCCUGUCCAGCAUCCAUGGCGCCCUGGGUUACGGCGUCGAGCUUUCAUGGAAACGGCCGUAUUUGUGUAGGGAUUGUGAGCAGAGUGGAGGCCAAUGCUACUUUGAUGAUCCUCAAAAUCCUUACGCUGUUACUUGUAGCCACCGCUGUUAUGAUGAUACGGGAUUCGAUCUCCCUCUUCCUUGCAGCAUCCAUUACUAUGGAGUUCUGGUGGUAAUGUAUGGCGUAAUGGCAAUAGUGGCAAUUCUGGGAUUCAGACUUCUGUUUGGGAUCAUAUUUUUGAUUGCAUUGGUGACAUAUCGGUGGAGGAGGCGCCACUUAUCUGCAGACAACACCAUUGAAGAUUUCCUGAACAGUCAGAACAAGCUCCUGCCAAUCAAUUACAGCUAUGGUGAGAUCAAGAAGAUGACUAAUGACUUCAAGGAGAAACUGGGAGAAGGAGCCAAUGGAACAGUGUACAAAGGGAAGCUGAGGAGUGGCCCCUUUGUGGCUGUUAAAAUGAUGGAGAAGAGUUUGGCAACAGGGAAAGAGUUCAUCAGUGAAGUUGCUACAAUUGGCAGGAUCCACCAUGUCAAUGUGGUGCACCUCAUCGGGUUUUGUGUCGAGGGGUCGAACCGCGCUCUGGUAUACGAGUUCAUGCCGAAUGGAUCUCUAGAUAAGUACAUAUUCUCAGAAGAAGGGAUCAUCCCAUUGAGUUAUAAACAAAUGUUUGAAAUCUCUCUCGGGGUGGCACGGGGCAUAGACUACCUACACCGAGGGUGUGACAAGCAGAUCCUCCAUUUCGACAUCAAGCCUCACAACAUUCUCCUGGACGAACAUUUCGCCCCGAAAAUCUCGGAUUUCGGGCUGGCCAAGCUGUACCCAACAGACAACAGCAUUGUGACCCUAACCGCAGCCAGGGGGACAGUGGGCUACAUGGCACCGGAACUCUUCUACAAGAACAUCGGGGGCGUAUCAUACAAGGCCGAUGUUUAUAGUUUUGGGAUGUUGUUAAUGGAAAUGGCAAGCAAAAGGAGAAACAUGAACCCCUUCACUGACGACAAUAACCAAAUUUACUUCCCAACAUGGAUUUAUGAUCAGAUUAUAGAAGGAAAAGACGUAAUAAUGUCUGGAAAUGGUAGUGAGGAAGAGAAAAAGGUGGUGAAGAAGAUGAUCGUUGUAGCUCUGUGGUGCAUACAGAUGAAGCCUGUAGAUCGUCCCGCCAUGAACAAAAUCGUUGAAAUGCUUGAAGGCGAUGGCGAUGGCGAUGAACUACUGGUACAGAUGCCUCCAAGGCCGUUUGUUGCUCCACGCGAGAUGAAUGCAGGUUCUAUUGAGCUAUCAAUAAUGCCUGAUGGCUCUAGUCUCAGAUAAAAGGCAAAUUAUACCACUGAUCGAGUCUACCGAGUUUGAUCCAAAAAUAAUUUUCAGAUUUUGUAUCUAUAUGACAUAUUCUGUAGGUGUAGUUGAUCGUUUUUGUACUUGUAGUUAUUAUAUUAUAUAGUGAGGACAGCUCCCCCCA